AUGAGCUCCUACUCCUCCGUCAACCGCAGAAACUACACUGCCGGCCACCGCGACCGCCGGGCAGCCGCCCCGAAGCAAGAAUGGGUCCCUCGCGGCUCCAUUGCAUUGUCGCCCCCGGCCAAUACCGGAUCGGUACCUUCUAUCGUUCAAGAUAUCCAAGACAAGCUUGCCCGCGGCGCUGUCGAGUGCAUGAGCUGCUACGACAUGGUCCGCCGUUCCACGCCCAUCUGGUCUUGCUCCACCUGCUUCUCCAUCUUUCACCUAAAUUGUAUCCGCAAGUGGGCUCGUUCACCGGCCUGCAUCGCUGCGGACGACUGGCACUGCCCCGGAUGCCAGACCCCUCAAUCCACCCCCGCCCGGCAUCUCUCAUACACUUGCUUCUGUGGUCGCCGCCGUGAUCCUCCUAAUGACCAGCACCUCUGCCCGCAUUCAUGCGGCAAGCCCUGCGGGAAGCCCCUUGAUGGAGGAGGGAAGAAGCUCAGAUGCCCCCAUUUCUGCGUCCUCCAAUGCCACCCUGGCCCCUGUCCCCCGUGCAAGGCUUUUGCUCCGCGUCGGAAAUGCCCAUGUGGGAAGACCAAUGUGGUCCGGCGGUGUUCCGAUAGACGAGCGCCAUUGAGCUGCGAAAAACCAUGCAAUCGUUUUCUUGGCUGCGGCCGCCACACAUGUGAGCGAGUGUGUCACAAUGGUGCCUGCGGUUCUUGCCUGGAACUCCUCACUACUAAAUGCUUCUGUGGUAAGAAGGAGCAGGAGGUGAUCUGCAGCGAUGUGGCCAUGAAGGGCAAUUUUGAUGAGAAGAGCAGGCUCUUUUCCUGCGACGAUGUCUGUGGCCGCAGCCUCUUAUGUGGGAACCAUUUUUGCCGAGAGAACUGCCACCCGGGGCUUUGCGGAGAAUGUGAACUGCUUCCUGGAAAGAUCAGCACAUGCCAUUGUGGAAAGAAGAAGAUUGUUGAUGAGAGGAUGACCUGCAUGGAUUUGAUUCCGACUUGCUCUAAUGUUUGUGGAAAGCCUCUUGUCUGCAAGACCCAUUUUUGUAGAAUGCGGUGCCAUGAAGGAGACUGCCUGCCCUGCUCAGCCCUUGUCCAACAGCGAUGCCGGUGCGGCUCUUCACGCCGCACUGUUGAGUGCUAUCAGCUGUUCGACACAAUGUUCAAAUUUCUCUGCGAGAGAACUUGUUACCGGAAGAAGAACUGCGGCAGACACCGUUGCAAGGAUCGCUGCUGCGUACUAUCAAAAACUGGAGACUUCGAUCCCCAUCUCUGCUUGCUUCCUUGCGGGAAGAUGCUGCAGUGUGGAAAGCUUACCUGCCAACUUCCGUGUCAUGGCGGCCGGUGCUCACCUUGCCUCGAGACCAUCUCCACCGACAUAACUUGUGCCAGUGGAAUGACAACUAUCUCUACAAACCUGGAUGCUCUUCAUGUUGGAGAGAAUUUAGCAACCUCCGAUGUGUUUUCUGACAUUAUGUGGAGGCAGCCUAAAGAAGGAUCUGGGAACAGUAUGAAAGUUUAUGUCUUCUGCAACAUACUCAUGGAAAAGAGAGCAGCUUUGCUACAGAUUGCAGAGUGGUGGAAGCUUCUGGUCCAGAUUGCUGGUUGGGAGCCCAAAAGUUUACCGACAGUUCAUGCCAUCUGCAAAUCAAAGCCUGGUUUUCUGAUGGUUGCUGCAUAUCCUCCAGCUCAUGAUCCAUUGAUUGAUAUGGACCCAAGGUGUGUGGUUGCAUUACCGUGCCUCCCCAUGGAUGCUGAUAUAAGCUCUCUGGUAUUGAGAUUUGACAGGGUGAAUGAAUUGGUUUGUUUGAAUGAUAAGAACUCCAUGGCUGUUUUGAGUGAUCCUGCAAGGGUGGCAACUGCAUUGCAACGCCUCAGCCAUCGAUUUACUUUCCAAGGUGCUGCUCCAGCUGCAUCAAGGAGCAAUGAAUAUGGCAAUUCAUCGAAAUGGACUGUGGCUCUGGAGAUGGAUUUAACAGAAGCAUCCAUUCUUGUGUGGAGAGGAAACCAUGGGAAUCCAGUCCUGGAAAAUGCUAACCGAUGGAAUUUGCUUGAUGAUGUAGUUUUGGAAUCUGCAAGUGAAUGGGAGGGGCGACUCCAAUUGAAAGAUGACUCUUUGGUAGAAUCUUUAGUUGAUAGUGGAUAA